AGGGACCAAGGCAGCCCGCGCACUCUGCAGGAGUUGCAGCCGCCACCGCCCGCGCCUCCAAGGUCUCGCCGCUUCCUGAGCAGAGACCCGGGCUCGGCCGCCAUGUCCGCCACGGACGAGGUUGACGGACUGGGCGUGGCUCGGCCACACUAUGGCUCUGUCCUGGAUAAUGAGAGACUUACUGCGGAGGAGAUGGAUGAAAGGCGACGUCAGAAUGUGGCUUAUGAGUACCUGUGUCAUUUGGAAGAAGCAAAGAGGUGGAUGGAAGCUUGCCUUGGGGAGGAUCUGCCUCCCACCACAGAACUGGAAGAAGGGCUUAGGAAUGGGGUCUACCUUGCCAAACUAGGGAACUUCUUUUCCCCCAAAGUGGUGUCCCUGAAGAAAAUCUAUGAUCGAGAGCAGACCAGAUACAAGGCAACUGGCCUCCACUUUAGACAUACUGAUAAUGUGAUUCAGUGGUUGAAUGCCAUGGGUGAGAUUGGAUUGCCUAAGAUUUUUUACCCGGAAACUACAGACAUCUAUGAUCGAAAGAACAUGCCAAGAUGUAUCUACUGUAUCCAUGCACUUAGUUUGUACCUGUUCAAACUAGGCCUGGCUCCUCAGAUCCAAGACCUAUAUGGAAAGGUUGACUUCACAGAGGAAGAAAUCAACAACAUGAAGAUUGAACUGGAGAAGUAUGGGAUCCAGAUGCCUGCUUUCAGCAAGAUCGGGGGCAUUCUGGCUAAUGAACUGUCAGUGGAUGAAGCUGCGUUGCAUGCUGCCGUUAUUGCCAUUAAUGAAGCUAUUGACCAUAGAAUUCCAGCUGACACAUUUGCAGCCUUGAGAAACCCCAAUGCCAUGCUUGUGAAUCUUGAAGAACCCUUGGCUUCCACUUACCAGGAUGUACUUUACCAGGCCAAGCAGGACAAAAUGACAAAUGCUAAAAACAGGACAGAAAACUCUGAGAGAGAAAGGGACGUUUAUGAGGAGCUGCUCACUCAAGCUGAAAUUCAAGGCAAUAUAAACAAAGUCAAUAUGCUUUCUGCAUUAGCGAAUGUAGACCUGGCUUUGGAGCAGGGAUCUGCACUGGCCUUGUUCAAGGUUCUUCAGUCACCAGCUCUGAGCCUUCGAGGACUGCAGCAGCAGAACAGUGACUGGUACCUCAAGCAGCUCCUGAGUGAUAGACAGCAGAAGAGACAGAAUGGUCAGGCUGAUUCCCUGCAGAAGGAGGAACUACAGUCUGGAGUGGAUGCUGCAAACAGUGCUGCCCAGCAGUAUCAGAGAAGGUUGGCGGCAGUGGCAGCGAUUAAUGCUGCAAUCCAGAAGGGCAUCGCGGAGAAGACUGUUCAGGAACUAAUGAAUCCUGAAGCCCAGCUGCCCCAGGUGUAUGCAUUUGCUGCCGAUCUUUAUCAGAAGGAGCUGGCUACCCUGCAGCAACAGAGUCCAGAGCAUAACCUCACCCAUCCUGAGCUCUCUGUUGCUGUGGAGAUGUUGUCAUCGGUGGCCCUAAUCAACAGGGCGCUGGAAUCCGGAGACAUGAAUACAGUGUGGAAACAGUUGAGCAGUUCAGUUACAGGCCUUACUAAUAUUGAAGAAGAAAACUGUCAGAGAUAUCUCGAUGAGUUGAUGAAACUGAAAGCUCAGGCACAUGCAGAGAAUAAUGAAUUUAUUACGUGGAAUGACAUCCAAGCUUGUGUGGACCAUGUGAAUCUGGUGGUGCAGGAGGAACAUGAGAGGAUUUUAGCCAUUGGUUUAAUUAAUGAAGCCCUGGAUGAAGGUGAUGCCCAAAAGACCCUGCAGGCUCUGCAGAUUCCUGCAGCUAAACUUGAGGGGGUCCUUGCAGAAGUCGCCCAGCAUUACCAAGACACACUAAUAAGGGCAAAGAGAGAAAAAGCCCAGGAGACCCAGGAUGAGUCAGCUGUGUUGUGGUUGGAUGAAAUCCAAGGUGGAAUCUGUCAGUCCAACAAAGACACCCAAGAGGCACAGAGGUUUGCCUUAGGAAUUUUUGCCAUUAAUGAAGCAGUAGAGAGCGGCGAUGUUGGCAAAACACUGAGUGCCCUUCGUUCCCCUGAUGUCGGCUUGUAUGGAGUCAUCCCUGAAUGUGGUGAGACUUACCAGAGUGAUCUUGCUGAAGCCAAGAAGAAAAAACUGGCAGCAGGAGAUAACAGCAGCAAGUGGGUGAAGCACUGGGUGAAAGGUGGGUAUCAUUAUUACCACAAUCUGGAGACCCAGGAAGGAGGAUGGGAUGAACCCCCAGACUUUGUGCAAAAUUCUUUGCAGCUUUCUCGGGAGGAGAUCCAGAGUUCCAUCUCGGGGGUGACUGCCGCGUACAACCGAGAGCAGCUUUGGCUGGCCAACGAAGGCUUGGUCACCAAGCUGCAGGCCUGCUGCCGGGGAUACUUAGUUCGACAGGAAUUCCGAUCCCGGAUGAAUUUCCUGAAGAAACAAGUCCCUGCAAUCACCUGCAUUCAGUCACAGUGGAGAGGAUACAAGCAGAGGAAGGCGUAUCAGGAUCGCUUAGCUUACCUGCGCUCCCAUAAAGAUGAAGUUGUAAAGAUUCAGUCCCUGGCAAGGAUGCAUCAAGCUAGAAAGCGCUAUAGAGACCGCCUGCAGUAUUUCCGAGACCAUAUAAAUGACAUUAUCAAAAUCCAGGCUUUUAUUCGGGCAAACAAAGCUCGUGAUGACUACAAGACUCUCAUCAAUGCUGAGGAUCCCCCUAUGAUUGUGGUCCGAAAAUUUGUCCACCUGCUCGACCAAAGUGACCAGGAUUUUCAGGAGGAGCUUGAUCUUAUGAAGAUGCGGGAAGAGGUCAUUACCCUCAUUCGUUCUAACCAACAGCUGGAGAAUGACCUCAAUCUCAUGGACAUCAAAAUUGGACUGCUAGUGAAAAACAAAAUUACACUGCAGGAUGUGGUUUCUCACAGUAAAAAACUUACCAAAAAAAAUAAGGAACAGUUGUCUGAUAUGAUGAUGCUAAAUAAACAGAAGGGGGGGCUCAAGGCUUUGAGCAAGGAAAAGAGAGAAAAGUUGGAAGCUUAUCAACACCUGUUUUAUUUACUGCAGACCAACCCCACCUAUCUGGCGAAGCUGAUUUUUCAGAUGCCCCAGAACAAGUCCACCAAGUUCAUGGACUCCGUAAUCUUCACACUGUACAACUACGCAUCCAACCAGCGAGAGGAGUACCUGCUCCUACGGCUCUUUAAGACAGCACUUCAGGAGGAAAUCAAGUCAAAAGUAGAUCAGAUUCAAGAGAUUGUGACAGGAAAUCCUACCGUUAUAAAGAUGGUUGUAAGUUUCAACCGUGGUGCCCGGGGCCAGAAUGCGCUGAGACAGAUAUUGGCCCCAGUCGUGAAGGAGAUUAUGGACGACAAAUCUCUCAACAUCAAAACUGAUCCUGUGGAUAUUUACAAAUCUUGGGUUAAUCAGAUGGAGUCUCAGACAGGAGAGGCAAGCAAACUACCCUAUGACGUGACCCCAGAGCAGGCUCUGGCUCAUGAAGAAGUCAGAACACGACUAGACAACUCCAUCAGGAACAUGCGGGCUGUGACAGACAAGUUCCUCUCAGCCAUCAUCAGCUCUGUGGACAAAAUCCCUUACGGGAUGCGCUUCAUUGCCAAAGUGCUGAAGGACUCUUUACAUGAGAAGUUCCCUGAUGCUGGUGAGGAUGAACUGCUGAAGAUUAUUGGUAACUUGCUCUACUAUCGAUACAUGAAUCCAGCCAUUGUUGCUCCUGAUGCCUUUGACAUCAUUGACCUGUCAGCAGGAGGCCAGCUUACCACAGACCAACGCCGAAAUCUUGGCUCCAUUGCAAAGAUGCUCCAACACGCAGCUUCCAAUAAGAUGUUUCUGGGAGAUAAUGCUCACUUAAGCAUCAUUAACGAAUAUCUUUCCCAAUCCUACCAGAAAUUCAGACGGUUUUUCCAAACCGCUUGUGAUGUCCCAGAGCUUCAGGAUAAAUUUAAUGUGGAUGAGUACUCUGAUUUAGUGACCCUCACCAAACCAGUGAUCUACAUUUCCAUAGGCGAAAUCAUCAACACCCACACUCUCCUGUUAGAUCACCAGGACGCCAUUGCCCCGGAGCACAACGACCCGAUCCACGAGCUGCUGGAUGACCUUGGCGAGGUGCCCACUAUCGAGUCCCUAAUAGGAGAAAGCUCUGGCAAUUUAAAUGACCCAAAUAAGGAGGCACUGGCUAAGACAGAAGUAUCUCUCACACUGACCAACAAGUUUGAUGUGCCUGGAGAUGAGAAUGCAGAAAUGGACGCGAGGACCAUCUUACUGAACACAAAACGUUUAAUCGUGGACGUCAUCCGGUUCCAGCCAGGAGAGACCUUGACUGAAAUCCUAGAAACACCAGCCACCAGUGAACAGGAAGCAGAACAUCAGAGGGCCAUGCAGAGACGUGCUAUCCGUGACGCCAAAACUCCUGACAAGAUGAAAAAGUCAAAAACGAUAAAGGAAGACAGCAAUCUCACUCUUCAAGAGAAGAAGGAGAAGAUCCAGUCAGGCUUGAAGAAGCUAACGGAGCUUGGGACUGUGGACCCGAAGAACAGAUACCAGGAACUGAUCAACGACAUCGCCAAGGAUAUUCGAAAUCAGCGGAGAUACCGACAGAGGAGAAAGGCUGAACUCGUGAAACUGCAGCAAACGUAUGCUGCUCUGAACUCUAAGGCCACCUUUUAUGGAGAGCAGGUGGAUUACUAUAAGAGCUACAUCAAAACCUGCUUGGAUAACUUGGCCAGCAAGGGCAAGGUCUCCAAAAAGCCUAGAGAAAUGAAAGGAAAGAAAAGCAAAAAGAUUUCUCUAAAAUAUACAGCAGCAAGACUACACGAAAAAGGAGUUCUUUUGGAAAUUGAGGACCUGCAAGUGAAUCAGUUUAAAAAUGUUAUCUUUGAAAUCAGUCCAACAGAAGAAGUUGGAGACUUUGAAGUGAAAGCCAAAUUCAUGGGAGUUCAAAUGGAGACAUUUAUGCUACAUUAUCAGGACCUGUUGCAGCUACAAUAUGAAGGAGUUGCAGUCAUGAAAUUAUUUGAUAGAGCUAAAGUAAAUGUCAACCUUCUGAUCUUCCUUCUCAACAAAAAGUUCUACGGAAAGUAAUCGAUCAUUUGCUGCCAGCCCAGAAGGAUGAAGAAAGAAGCGCCUUGCAGCUACCUUUCUAGGGUCCUUCUUUACUCAUAGGAAGCCAAGACCCAGCUCACACCACACCAGUGCCUCAAUCUGAUACACCCCCAUUACCCCAUGUUUAACUCCUCCCACUCAGUGGGACUUUGGUUGCCCUUUUUUCAUAGUGAAAUUGUAUUUCAGGCUUAUUCUUCAUUUUCUUCUGCCACUUAGGAAAGAGUGGGAACUCCACUGAAAUCUCUCAUGUUGUUACAGUCUUAGAGGUGGCAUUACUAUAUUGUAAGCUUUGGUGUUUGUUUUAAUUAGCCAUAGGGAUGGUGAGAUUUGAAUUCUUGUUAUUUAGAAAUGGAAGCCAUUAGCACCAGUAACAUGCAUAUAUGUAAGAGACACAAGUAAAAUGUCAGAUUAUCCUUUGUUAUCAGAUUGUCACUUAAUAAAUUUGGGCAGUUCUGUUAGUGUAACUCUCUCAUCGGUGAAUGGGAGCGCCCCAUUGACAAGAUUAAGCUACUUAGGUAAAUUUGGGGUGGUCUGAGGCGCCCCUCUUAUUUGUGGCACCUUGUUUGUGUUGGUGCACAGAGACUGACUAGGUUCAGGAAGAUAGUCCACUCUGUCCCUAUGGCAAAGGAAUGGUUAGCCCUAGCGUAGAAUGUAAUUGUUUUCAAAACUGUUUUAUAUCUUAAGAGUGCCUUAUUAAAGUGUAGAUUUAUUUCUUAAAAUGUGGGUGAUAGGAAUUUUAAAGAUUUAUAUAACGCUUCAAAAGCCUUUUUAAAUACUGUAAGAAAAGGGUUUUUAAAAAUUGGCUUAUCUGUAUAUCUGAACUCUUAAAACUUUCUUAUAGCUAAAACACUAGGAUUUAUCUGCAGGGUUGCAGAGAGAGAAUCCUGCCUUAAAUAGCCUGAAACAAAAACAAACAAAACCAGCUAACCGAUGUUACACUUGAUAUUAAAGUCUAUUUCUCCCCAUUUCUUUCUCUUUUCUCUUGCUGCCCACACCGUGCCUUUACUCUAUGAGCUUCAGGUUUUUUUUUUUUUUUUAAAUUUGGUCACAAACAAUUCUGUUCUAAACAUUGAGUUUAGGAAGCUUUUGUUCUUAGAUUAAAAGUCAUAUACUUAAAAAAAAAUCUGUUUAUCCAGGAAAAUAUAUUGAAAUCAUGCUACUGAGCCUCCAUUUUCUCUUCAUGUUUUGGUUCAGUAUUCUUUUAUCAUAAAACAUAAACUAAUAUUAAAACAUGUACUGAUGUGUAUGUAUUUAAAGCCAAUAAAUUGUUUCAUUAAUAACAAAUCAUGUGAUGUCCCUGUUACAACUGUAAGUGUUGGAGAUGUGUCUUUCAUGGAGGACUGUGUACUCAGUCAGGUCCACGGGUGCCAGAGUAAUAGUUGCAUGAAGUCUUCACACACUCCAGACAGCCCCUGGGCAGGAGCAGAGGAGAGGUGUGGAGUGCCACGGAAGGAGUCUCCACUCCUCUGACCUUAUUUGUUAUAUUUUGGAAGACAGUUUUUCCGUAAAUAUUUUCCUCAGAUUAAAAAAAGGUGCUAUUAUAAGUAGCAUCACCUCAAAAACUGGAACCAACCAAAGUGUCAGCUCUUUUCUCUUAAAAGAUGAUACACAUCCCAAAUGCAUAUUGGGCCCCAAAGGCCACAUCCAUGAGAGACAGUGAGCAAAGUUUACAACUCCUUUAAUAAGAUAUCAUGUUUUGAUUAUUUGUAAGGAUUAUAAUUCCCUUGACACAACCUCUAGUGCAAAAUAGCACAAAGUGCACUUCAAGAAUUUUGACGGAAACUGUGUAGAAUUACGGUUUUAAUAGCAUUGAGCAUUCCCAGAUGAUCUCAAGUCAGGACAUUGAAACCUCGUAGUGCUUAUUAAUUUUAAUUUAUUAGCUAUAGCAUCCUCUCUCUCAACUCUCUCCUUCCUUGACCUUCUCUUUGACCAGCCAUCAUGACACUUCCCAUGAAUUUACUUCCUCCUAAGAAUUUGGUCUGUCCAUCAGAUUGUUGCUGCACACAAUCGCCUUUGUAUCUCUGUAUGAAAUAAAAGGUCACUUGUU